ACAGAUGGCCUGGCCGAGGUCUGGAGCGUUCAGGUAGAUCACGGUUGGUAGACUUUCGAAAGUAAUGAGGCCUGCUAUUCUGGCAUCGUCCUGGGAAUCCUUUCAGCUGCAAAGAUAUCCAAGAGCCGAUUUCGAACGCCGCAGUCCAUGCUAAUAUUGUCCCCUCAAUCUCCCAAAUUUGAUUCUCAACAUGGUUUUACCGCACGUUUUUCUGUUGGAGAAACCAGAAUUGUAAAAUGGACACAUGAGAUGAGAAGAGGACGAGAUUUGGUCGAAAAAGGAGCCGAUUAAACCCCAAGCUGUUCCAUUUUUUGUGCCUACCGAUUGAAAGGAGCCUUGGUUAAAUCAAUAAAUCCAGGAGGCAACAUGAGGAAGUGCAGCCCGUGGACGUUUCUCCCUGUUAUGUAUUCUGUCUUCACAGCGGCCGGACUGUGGGUUGUGUACUUCAUAGCUGUUGAAGAUGAAAAAAUAACACCUCUAAGCUCGGAAUACAAACGAUCUGGAUCAAAGUCCCCCCCUUACAUUAGCAUUGCAGGCAACGCUCCACCGGCCAGCUGUGUGUUUAGUCAGAUCAUGAACCUGGCAGCAUUUGUGGGAUUCAUCAUCGGAGUCCUCAGAUAUCUUCAGUUGAAGCCCAGAGUGCACAAACCUUGGCUGAACAUUAGCAGUCUGGUGGCCAUGUCCCUGGCCUGUUUCGGAAUGACCCUGGUAGGAAACUUCCAGCUGUCUAGUGACGAGGAGAUCCACAAUAUUGGCACGUCCAUGACGUUUGGGUUGGGAACCCUGUUCUGCUGGGUGCAGUCGUUCAUCACCGUCAAGGUGAACUUGAGGAACGAGGGCAGGAGGGCAUGCAUCCCUCGCUUCCUCUUGUCUGGUGCCGUCACUGCCUGCAUGUUGCUGUACUUUGUGCUGAUGGCCCAGCGCCUCCACAUGCACGCGGCGCGGGCGCAAUGGGCUCUGGUCAUGUUCUUCCUGGGCUUCCUGGGUACCUUUGCCAUCGAGUUCCGCCACUACCACUUUGAGAUCGUCUGCACGGACGACCGUGACCCUCCCCUCAGUCUGUCCGAAACCUUCUCCGAAGUCUCAGAGUACCAGUCAGACCAACUAUAGUGUCGGGAAAAACGAUGCUCUAAAAAGUUGUCUUUUAGUCAUCUCACAUGUCUGGGGAUUUGAGAUUCGAUGCUGCAUCUAUCGUUCUAGAGAUCAGAACUAAAAACUGUAAAUCUGUCAGAAUCUGGUGUUUUUUCCUCACCAGUGUUGUCAUGGAUAACCCCUGUAGCAUAUCCAUGGUACUGUAGCUGUUGCCUACGGGUUGACAUUAGUUACUGAUUCAGCCUCCGAGCACUGCAUGUCUGUCUGCCUGUUUGAAUGUUAUCACUGAAACUGGAUGAACACGAUUUUUCUUUUCACAAGCACUCAAAUGUCGUACCCUUUGAAGAGCACAAAGGAGAAAAAUGUAUCUCCCAAUCACUGGUGGACUUCCUGAAACAUAUGAUUUGAAUGACGAUGCAUGAUCCAUGGAGACUCUCUAACCAAAUCUCGCUCAUACCGUGUAGACCUUUCUGACAUCUCCACUCGGGUGUACUGUGAGGGGAGUAAUGAGAACAUGUGGGUGGAUCACCAUCUUUCACGUCAAUCACGUCCACUAAUAGGACCACAUCAGAGUGGAUUUGGUCUUGUAAAUUUCCUUCCUGUUUAGCUACCUCUGUAGAACCAUGGAAACAAGCAAACAGGGAGCUCUGCCUCUAGGGCAAAAGAAAAACUAGUGGUUCAUCUCAGACAUGACAUUUUUUUUAUUCACCAGUCAUACAAUUUUGACCAUUUUGUAGUUCAUUAACAACCCGUACAUGACUAUCGUUACCGUGACCACCGACAUGCAUCUCAAUGAUGUUCUGUGCUUUGUAAAUAUUUCACAAUAAAACCUUGAAAGAACCUGUCCUACAGUCCUUGUUCUGUACACCUUAACAUGUUUCAAGAGGAAUACAUUUACUUCACUAUCUGUGGCAGACAUGAAAAACAAUCAGAGCUACAAAAAGG